CCUCCUCCGACCCCCUGCCCCCUCUCACUUCCCCUCACGCACUCGCACGUCUCUCCUCCUCACCAUGACCAAGCGCGCGCACGAGUCGGACCUCUCGCUUCCGAACCCCAAGCGUCUGCAUCUCGACGGUGCGGUGGCCGCGCAAGCGACCCCCGCGGCGGAGGGUGCCGCCACCGAGGACGCCGCGCCCCCUGCCCCGGAGAAUGUCCUCUCCGCCGCCGAGGCGCUGGCCACCCUGGAGAAGUGGUUCACCGAGGUGGGCAUCUCCUACAACCGCGAGGCCAUCGAGCUGGUGACCGGCUACCGCGGGACCGGCUACGGCGCGGCAGUCAUCUCCAAGCGUCCGAUCACCAUCGGCGAGACGGUCUGCACCAUCCCCAAGGACGCCUGUCUGACCCCGGUCACCACCGCCUUCGCGGCUGCCCUGAAGAGCCAACAAAUCCCCAAUAUCCUGGCCACCACGGUGGCACUCAUGUACGAGCAGUACCUCGGCGAAAAGUCCAAGUGGUUCGGCUACCUCAAGUCCCUGCCCGCCUUCGAGCCGGUCUACGGGCUUUGGACCUCGGAGGAGCGCGACCUGGCCAAGGGCACCGAGCUCUUCCAGGAGUUCCCUAAUGAGCGUCGUGACAACCGCGACGAGUUCAUCGAGGUCGUCCGGCCUCUGAUGAAGAAGAAUGCCCAGAAGUUCGGCUACGACCACAAGUGGUUCUCCUGGGAGCGCUUCUGCCACGCCCAGUCGCUGGUCUCCUCGCGCGCCUUCUUCGUGGACAAUCUCCAUGGCAGCGGCAUGGUCCCCUUCGCCGACAUCUUCAACCACCUUAGCGAGGAGCUGGAGCACGUCCACAUCGAGGGCCUGAACCCGCCCUGCCCGGAUUGCGGCAGCACCAAGAGCUGCGCGCAUCUGGACCGGCACCUGAUCGACGGCGGCGAGGAGUCGGACUCUGACGACUCGGAUUCCGACGACGAGGAGGCCCCCAUGCCGACGGCCGGCCCGGACGGCAGCGCCAACUUCCAGGUGCGUGUCGGCAAGACCGGCACCAUCAAUCUCAAGAGCACGGUCCUGGCCGAGGCCGAGCUCAACGACAAGGAGGAGUCCUUCUUUGAUGACGCGGAGUUCGGCGCCGCCAUUGAGGCGGCGUCGGCCAUCUCGGCCGGGGCGGUGGCCGCCCCGGUGCCCAACGACCGGGCCUCUGCCAAGUCGAAUGCCCGGGCAACCACCGGGGCCCCGGGGGACCUGGCCAGCGACCCGGAUGACCACACCUCGCUCAGCAUCACGGUCGUGCGGCCGGUCCACCGGGCCGGUGUGGAGAUGUUCAAUGUCUACGGUGUCCAUGCCAAUGGCGGGCUCCUGAGCAAGUUCGGCUUUGCCGAGUGGGCCAAGCCGGGCAGCGAUCCCUCCGACCGGUCGGUGGUCAAUGUGGACCUGGUGGCCGUACUGCGCCACUUCAAGAACACCCUGCCGGAGGCGUCCUUCGCCCGGCGGGCGGCCAUCUUCAAGCGCCACCGCGAGCACUUCGCCUCCAUGUCCUACUACGAGCUCCGGGGUCCGGGGCUGGUGGAUGUGGAGCUGAUCCGGACCAUUGCCCUGUUCUCCCUGCCCGAGGACCACCCGCUGGUGGCCCCGCCGGCGCCCCCCCGGCGCCAGAUGUUUACCCAUCGCAAGCCCAAGGUCAAGCUGAGCGAGCGUGGCCAGCGCAUGGCCGAGGAGCGUCGGAAGCGUGCCGAAGCCGAGCUCGAGCUCAACCGCGUGGUGGAUCUCAUUUCGUCCAUGACCUACGAGCGCCUGGCCGGGCUGGACCUGCCGAAGGAGGGCCACACCCACUCGGCCUCCUGCUCGCAUGGCGCCGGCCACCAGGCCAAGGCCCCUGCUGACACCGAGGAGGCCGACGCGAGCAGCGACCUCGAGGAGGAGCCCACCGACAUGGCCGAGGCCGACGAGGACGAGGACGAGGAGGCCGUCAUCUCCAUGGACCCGAUCCCGCUGGCGCAUGUGCCGUUCUGGCACCGGGAGGUGCUGGUGGCCCUGCUGACCGCCCGGCUGGCCCAGUACGGCGAGCCCAGCGCGGCGGCCGUGCGCGAGCGCCUGGUCCAGCCGUACGAGCAGCCGGACCCCACCGACUUGGACGCCUUUUCGGUGGAGCACUCGUCUGUGUGGCUGCACGCGAAGCCCGUGGCCGGCGUGUCGGCGGCCGAGUUCUUCGCUGGUGCUCUGGUGUAUGAUGAGAUGCAUCUGCUGGAGGUGAUGAUCGCCAGCCUGUCGGCCUUGCCCGCGGUGGAUACUGACUCGGACUAGAGCCCCGGGCUGGCUGCACCUUCGCCCCUGCCCGCGGCGUGUCCUCUCGCCUUUGUCGGCAUUCCCAUGUCCUCCAUCUUUCCGAUCACGCCUCCCCCCUCUCCCCGGAUGCGCGGUGUGCGCGAGUCGGCAUUUCCGCUGCCCUUCGCCGGGAUGGAUUUGUCAUUCCCGACAUUGUUCCCAAUAGAAUGUGUGCCUCCUUUGUGGCCCCCCCCCC